AAAAAUCCAUCCAUCGGUGUAAAUGAUUAUUCCCCAAAGCAGGAGUUUGGAAAUAAUUCGAGGAAGAGAGUCAUAGGGGAUCGAGAUCUCCCAACCGUCGGUCUUCUUCUUCCGUCUCUUCGCGUUAACUUGAACUCUCUCUCCAUUAUUCUUUUCAUUUCCGUGCUUCCCAAUGGCUUCGCCGCCGACUCUUCCGAUCUCCAACCCUCAAUCCACCACCACCGGUGACUCCCAACCGCCCAUCGCCACCCCAGCCUUCCGAGCGUUUAUCACGCGCCUCUCCUCAUCCAUCCGCCACGGCUUCUCCCAACGCCGUCCGUGGUCGGAACUCCUCGACCGCUCCUCCUUCUCUCGACCGGAGUCUCUCACCGAAGCCGCGUCGCGCGUACGCAAGAACUUCUCCUACUUUCGCGUCAACUACGUUUCCCUACUCGCUUUCGCGCUGGCCAUCUCUCUCCUCUCUCACCCUUUCUCUCUCCUUGUCCUAUUGGCCUUACUAGCCGCCUGGCUGUUUCUGUACGUCUUCAAAUCAUCGGAUCAGCCUUUGGUGAUCUUUGGCCGUACUUUCUCGGAUCGCGAAACCCUAGGCGUCUUGUUGGUGUUAACGGUAGUUGUGGUGUUCCUCACCUCCGUUGGAUCGCUGCUCAUCUCGGCUCUUUUGGUUGGAUUGGCGAUCGUUUGUGCGCAUGGCGCAUUUCGAGUUCCGGAGGAUCUGUUUUUGGAUGAUCAAGAGCCGGCUAACGCCGGAUUCCUCUCCUUCCUGGGCGGCGCUGCCUCCUCCGCCGCUGCAGCCGCUGCUCCGGCCGUCAUAGCGCGCGUGUGAUGAAGCCAUGGAACUGGUUUUUAUCGAAACUAGGUGAAAGCUACGAGCAGGCUUGUGAUGAACAGCGCGGUCACAGAGACUUAAGAAUGAUGAGCUGCAGAGCUGGGAGGAGAUUAGGCCUUUCGGGAUUAGUUUAGUAAGAAAUAUAAAUGAAAUCUGAAGUUUUAGCAAACAUCUUCGGCUCACUAGGAAAUAAGAAUGCUUUGUAGUCAGCUGACAUUCUAUAAGUUCCUGACAGUGGAUGAUGUUUUAAGAUAUUAGUGUAUGUAUGCCAUUUACCCUUCAUUGACUAUUUAUCUAUGCAUUCAUGUACAGGAAACCAGUGUAUCCGGUAGUUCACUGUCACACAAACUCAGCUCUCACAUUGAAUUACUUGGUCACCAGUCAUCGGUGUACUUGAUCUAGGAUUUCUUGGAAGAUGUAACGGUAACUAAAACUUGGGGUGACAUGCUCAUUCAGAGUUUCUUAAUAGUUAUUUUUAUGUAAUUGAUCAGGUUUGUUUGAUUACAUUGCUAGUCUCUCCACUUUGAU